UAAAAGGUCCUAUAUAUGUACCUAGGUACGGUAGGUAUACUGACGGCUCUUGAAGCUUCAGCAUUCGUCAAAACGACAAUUUUGCCCACGGGCCACAAUAUAUGCCUUUUGAAUUGCCGAGUGACAAUAGUACGGUACACCCCCGCCGUGUGGCGUAUUCUUACACCUUCCUGUACGAAUCCCCUGCUACCCCGGAGUUUGACCGCGAAGAGGGCAGGUGAACAAAGGUCAAUCUCAUGAUCACCCUCAGACAGUCAAUAGCCGAGCCCGAAACUCACGAGAACACGUUUUUCCCCUGUAACUCGUGCGAGAUACAUUCGUCGGUCAUGCCGGUGGCCGGACAGCCGGAAACGGUCUCGUCCUCCGAAGAAGGUUCCUUGGGUGAUAGAACAAGAAUCUACCAAGCAGGCUUAGGAGCGCCAAAUAGCAGGCCUUCGCGUAGGCUUAGGUCUGACAUGGAGCGUGCGACAGAUCAUGCGAUUCGAAUUGCCGACAAAAUAGCCACAGAUUACUGAAGUGACCUGCAACCUCCGGCUAAUUUCAAUUGCCUUUGAACACUUGGCUGUGACAUUGUCAUGCCGAUCGAAGCUCAAAGAGGUUGGUGCACAGACGGAAGCGAAGAGCAAUCCCCCAGCUCUCCAUACAGACCCCGGAUCAUGGCAAGCCACUAAACCCCAUGCACGCCCAUGUGCUUCAACCCCGACCGACACCGACGGCGUUCUGUCGCCGUGACGGAGGCGCUUGGAUUGUUGUCACAGUCGACUGUAUGCCUGUCUCUCCAUGAUUUCAUGGACCCCGCAAACCGAUCGUCUCAUCAUUGACCCGAGCAAGGCAAGCCGGUGCAGGGGAGAAGAGUACAAGAGCUACCAGGAUUGCUCCAUCCGCAGGACUGGUUCCGCUCGAGCUCUUCAUCUUCUUCUUCCUACCUUGUCGUUGUGAGCGCAGAGUGGCAAACUAAAGAGCUUUCCACCUUCAUCGAUCCUACCCUCAUCAGAUAUCAUCAACCACGACCACUCUUCGGGAACCCUUCCAUACGAUGGACACCCAGGCGUCAGAUGACAAGAUUACCGAUGCCGCCCUCAUUGGCGAGAAGGUGGGCAUCUCGCACGAGGAGGCAAUGCACUGGGGGGAGUUGACAGAGGAGGAGCUGCACAUCGAGAAGAAGUUGCGCCUCAAGAUAGACAUGCUUGUCAUGCCUCUUGUCAUUCUCGUCUAUCUAAUGAACUACAUCGACCGGAACAAUUAUGCGGCCGCUCGAUUGCAGGGCCUAGAGCAGGAUCUACAUUUGACAGGGGACCAGUACCAAGUCGGCUUGAGUAUUCUCUUCGUGGCAUAUGUUCUGAUGCAAGUGCCUUCGAAUGCUCUGCUCAAUUAUAGCGGUCGCCCGUCGUGGUAUCUGGGCUUCUUCGUCUGUGCAUGGGGUCUCGUGUCUGCCCUGACCAGCCAAGUAAGCACCUAUGGACAGAUUGUCGCCUGUAGAUUCAUCCUCGGACUCGUCGAGGCACCAUUCUUCGCCGGUGUGCUUUUCUAUCUUAGUAAAUGGUACACCAAGGGCGAACUCUCCCUGCGCAUGGCCAUCUUCUAUUCGGGAUCUCUUAUUUCCGGUGCCUUUGGCAAUCUCAUCGCGGCAGGUAUUCUCUCAGGUCUGGCCGGCGCCAGAGGCAUGUCAGCCUGGCAGUGGCUCUACGUCAUCGAAGGCGCCAUAACAUGCUUCAUCGGCGUGGUCAUCAUCUUCGUCCUACCCGAUUUCCCCGACACAUGGCGUGCGCUGAGCCCUGAGAUGAAGCGUGUCGCGAACCGUCGCCUCGCCAUCGACGCCGCCGAAGCCGACGUGGACGAAGCCGGUGGCAUGAGCCAGAUCCGAGGCAUGAAGCUCGCAUUCAUGGACCCCAAAACCUACAUCCUCGCCAUCGCGUACCACGGCAUCACGGGUGCCGCAGGGUUCCAGAACUUCUUCCCCACCCUCACCGCGACGCUCGGCUACAGCCACAUUGUCUCCCUCCUGCUCGUCGCGCCCCCGUACGUCUUUUUGGUCUUUUACUCCUUCUUCCACAGCUGGCUGUCGGACCGCGUGGGCAACCGGUUCUGGUUCUUCAUGUACCCCAUCCCCAUCACCAUCGUCGGCUGCGUCAUCUUCAUGACCACCGACAGCUUCGGCCCCCGCUACUUCAGCCUGUUCCUCAUGAAUUUCGUCUUCGCCAUGAACGCCACCUGCUACGCCUGGAUCAGCAACGCCAUCCCCCGCCCCCCCGCCAAGCGCGCCGCGGCGCUCGCCUUCAUGAACAGCGUCGGCAACGCCGCCAGCAUCUGGACCCCCUUCACCUACUAUGACAGCCAAGGGAAACACUACCCGGUCGCCCUCGGCGUUGUCAUUGGCUUGUUGGUCGUGGGGGGCCUGAGUGGCAUCGCCCUCAGGUACGUGCUGGAGAAGGAGAACAAGCAGCUCGCCAGGCUGGAAGACGACAACAUACAGCUCUCGGAACGCGAGUUGGCUCGCUUGAGAAAGACGGCCGAGAUCGAGGGAAUCGACAUCGCCGCGGCACGGAGGCUGCAAAAGGGUUACCGCUUCAUGAUAUGAUGUGAUUGUUGCCUCUCCGGAGACAGCAAGAGGGAGGUAAAGAAAGGGGCUACUUUUUUCGCGCUCCUCUUCAAUCUUGUAGUGUCUGUACUGAGACACACAACGGAGUGCCUCUUCCACCCUGUUCUCUCGAGCAGGAGCAUGACAUACCCAUCAUGAGCGGGAAUUGAAAGGGAGAUUGAGAAUAGGGUGAAUAAUGGCAUGGACAAGACUUUUUUCUGUCCUUGUCUUCCAAGAUGGCAAAGCCAUGGCAAGCUUUGAUACCUUUAACAAGCUAAUUUGUUAAUCUAAAUCUAAACACACGCAAACCCG